GGAGAUUACAGUAAUAAAGGGAUCGUCGCCCGGAUCAGUAAAAACUUAUAAGGUGUAAGGAUGAAUGUGUUUGAAGCAGCCUAGGUUAUAAUGAAGAUAGUCACGCAAAGUAAUGGUGAAAGUAGAUUGCCAUGUUGAAUACUUCCCAGGAACCUCCGUGUGUUCUAUAUACGAACGUGGAGACAUUAUGGCUAGAGCUAUUCGCGAUCAGCACCAUCAUGCUAUUAGCGAUUGUAGGGAACGCACUGAUGUGCGCGGCGGUAUACAGAACGCCGAAACUCCGGACAGUUACGAACAUUUUCACAAUCAAUCUUGCAGUGACGGACUUUUCCGUCGGAACAUUUGUCCUUCCUCUAUGGAUUUAUUCCACAGUGAUGUCCGCCUACGUCUGCAACUGGGAGUACCCCCACUGGCUCUGUCAGAUUGCAGUUUUUGUUACUGAGAUGUUAUUACUGGUUUCUAUAGCAACACUAGCUGGAAUCUCACUGGACAGAUACCUUAGUAUUUGUCAUCCCUUGCGGUACCCCAUGGAGAUGACACAUCAUCGUGUUAUAUACUGCGUUCUCUAUAUAUGGAUCCAAAGUAUCAUCCUCGCUAGUACGCCUCUCUAUGGUUGGGGUAAAUAUUCCUUCCGUCCACAGACCAUACCCAUAUGUAACCCAAAUUGGAGGCACAGCAUUAGUUAUUCCGCUUUCCUCAUCAUAUGGGCAAUACUCAUCCCCCUCGGUGCGAUGUUGUUCUCCUAUUUUCGAAUUAUUCAGGUGGCCCGGCGGCAGGCCCGUCGGAUUGCUGCCAUCCAAGCUCAAAUAACCCAAGACUGUGAUACAGGUGAAUCCACUAGUGCAGGGCAAAAUGAUAUGGAAACUGAGACUAAUACAAAUAAAACCAGGAGAUUUCAAUUUUUUAAAUCAAAGAACGGGAGGAAAAAAGAGACAAACGUUACUGCUAAAAAGAUGAAUGCAGUAACCAAGAACUUGAAAACGUUGAAGACUGUAUUUAUUGUAGUUGGUGCUUUCUUCAUCUGUUGGGGACCGUAUGUUGUUCUCAACUUCUGGUUUGUCAACUACGAUGAUGCCAAAGUUCCGUACAUCGCAGAUCUCCUCACGACGUUACUAGCAUUUAGCAAUAGCGCCGUCAACCCCUACGUCUUCACUCUCCUCAAUCGUGACUUCCGCUACGCCAUGAGGCGCAUGACUAAGAAAUGCUGCUGUGGCGGGUUGUGUAUAUUUUCAUAUCGUGACCGAAUAGGGACAAUUAACUCUAACAAACCUGUCGUGGCUACUAUAGGUGAUAGAAGUAUUGAUUCUGGUGUCGAGGCUGAUCAUCAAACAAGGACCAAGACACGAUCAAGAGGGACUAGCACACAUACAACUGGUUUGAAUAAGAGACCGACCAGUCCACGUAAGAACGUGUUUCCCGUGACUCCUGAACAGGAUGAGAUCAUACCAGGCCAGGCAACUGAGUGACCACUAUCACGUCUUACCAAUAUAAUAAACAAAUAUCUCCCAAGGAAUACCAAUAUUAUACAUAAACUGGUAAUAAUUGUGAAUAAGCCGAACUUGGCCACAUUGGAAUUUAUAAAAACAUGGACAAUAAGAAAUAAGGCAAUAAUCACCAAUAAUUACACCGAGAUUAUUCCCCAGUUUGAUAUGCGCACUAAGAAAAAGCCGCAAACAAGCGGCUAGGUUAAAGAUCUCAUAAACAGUGGAGACCUUAUUAACCAUACCAGAAUAUGAGGCCAUUACAACACACUAUUACAUAUAAAGACAAGGUCAUCAAUUAUUAACGACAAUUAUCAUAAACAGAGUGCUAGGUCGCUCAUGCAUAUAGUUUGAUUAAUAUGUAUUUACAUAGUGUAUAGACAUUAUUUAUAUAACAUGUAUAACAGAUAUGUAUUUUUCAACUAUGUAAAUACAAGUUUGGUAUUCACCAUGGCGUAUGCUAUAUAAAACAUGUAGCAAUUUCAGGCACUUCCUAAAGGACACUUUUAAAGACAUGAUGAUGUUACUCUCGUGAUAUACGGAAUGUAUUAUAUAAAUAGGCAUAUUUAGCCAAUAUUCCAAACAAGCCAUUAACAUAUCAAAACGUCCCUAUCUG